AUGAGUUCAACCGCAGCCGAAAUGCGCAGCGAUACGGGAAUCGUUAAGCAGGAGAUCAAUGAAUGCGUCGAAACCGGUAGAGAAGCCGUGUUGGGGGCCAAGGCGUCUCUGGAAAAACCCGUGAGGAGUGCCGUGGAGAAAGUCAAGCAGGGUGUGCGUGACUGCACUGAGGUGGGCCGCGAGACUCUUAACGGCGCCGUGACGAAAACAAAUCAGUCGCUUAACGCAACAAAGGAGAAGGCACAGAAACUUGCCGAUGAGGGAAAACAGCGCAUUGGAGAUAUGAUUGAGUCUGCAGCCUCGUACGUCAGCGGGGCGGGCGAAGCGAAUGGUGAGGAUGGGGGCAGCAACUCCUACGCCGCGAAGAUAAUUUCGGUUGCCGAUCAGUACGUGGAAUCCGGCAGAAAAAUUCUUAAUGAUGCCAAAACAUCAGCCGAGGCGUACCACAGUGCGGCCGUGGAGGCGGUUCAGAGCAAAAUUACGCAUGGACGCCAGCAGGUGGAGACGUACGCAACAACAGCGAAGGACUCCGUUGAACCCCUUGUGGAUUCUGCAAGAGGGCUUGUGAAUAAGUCGGCCAAACGUUUGAGCAAGACGAGCGAGGUCAUUCGAGAGCAAAAGACAGCUUGCAUGGACAAACUCGACACGGUUCGCACCAAAGUCCGCACUGCUGUGGACGAGAGCAAGCCACAUCUGCAAACCAUCUGCGACAAUGGAAAGAGCGCGGUUUUUAAACGGGAUGCCCGCCUCGCCCUCACGGCGGUAGCACAGUUAUUUGCCGGUGUAAUUCUUCUCAUGAAUGCGUUUUUUGAGGAGGUGUUGAAGUUAACUUUUGUGAAGAAUACCACCAGCUAUGUUCAGAACUGCCGGGUGACACAGAGGACACGGGAAUUACUCACAGCGGCCAACAUCCCGCAAAAAGUGGAUCAUUUGCCCAUCGUGGGCCACCGUGUUGUCGUUGCCGUAACCAUCUUUUUAAGUGAAGUGAAGAGGAGCAUGCUGGAGAUGAAAAAAAAGAACAGAUGUGUCUCACCGAAACCAGCGGGGGCGCAUGAUGCAAAGGAGUUAAGAGAGGAUGCAAUUCCACACGGUCGUAAGACACAACGGAAGGAGAAAUUAGAAGCCUAA